AUGUUCAGAUCCCUUUUAUCAACUUCAACUAGAACCUUACGUAUAAACCAAUACAGAAACUUUUCUUCUACAGCUAUCAAAAUGGGUGUUACCGUUGAAACUCUCUCUCAAGGUGAUGGAAAGACCUUCCCUAAGCCUGGUGACCAAGUUACCAUCCACUACGUUGGUACCCUCCUUGAUGGAUCCAAAUUCGAUUCCUCAAGAGACAGAGGAUCACCUUUCGUCUGCCGAAUCGGCCAAGGUCAAGUCAUCAAGGGUUGGGAUGAAGGUGUUCCUCAACUCUCUGUCGGUCAAAAAGCCAUCUUGACCUGUACCCCCGACUACGCCUACGGUGCUAGAGGUUUCCCUCCAGUCAUCCCUGCCAACUCCACCCUCAAAUUCGAGGUCGAACUCCUCAAAGUCAACUAA